CUCAAGAAAGAAAAGACGGCAUCCGCCCUAGAAGUCUCCGCGAAGCUUCGUUUUCUUCCCGGCCCCAUCUCUCUCCCCUCUCGUCUCUCUUCUCCUCCUCCUUCGCCUCUCUGAUCAUAGCGCAUCGUGGACUCGCAACUCCAACGAAGUUCUCUCGUGUCCACUACCAAAAGUCUUUGAGCCGAGACUGAUUUUGAUGCCUUUUGCGGAGAAGUGAAAAUGAUAUAGGGAAGACAAAUACGAGGUUUGCUGCCCAGCACUUAGUGGAUGAUAUACUGAUAACAACUUUAGUACAUGAAUAUGAAGCACCAGUAAUUUUCUGAUUACUAAUUCAGAGGUUGAGAAUUUAGUGUUCACGUUGUCAUAUAUUGCUAAAGUCAUGAAUUACAAGCAAGAGAAGUUUGUGAGGUUUCAGGACUGGAAAUCAGAGAGAAGUGCAGAGGAACAAUUCUCUGUAAAUCAUGGAGUGGGUUUGGAGAAUUUUAGAACAAAAAUAAACUCAGUGUCUGAUAAGUUUCAAAGAGGCUUGGAAAGUGGUUCAGAUAGGAUUAGAAGCUUAACGAGAUUGCUGAAAUCCUUUUCUUUAAGUAGGGUUGCGAGUAAACAAUUGGGUUCCAGGAAGAAGAUUCUUGAUCCACAAGGGCCAUUUCUUCAGAGGUGGAAUAAGAUAUUUGUAUUGUCAUGUGUGCUUGCUGUUUCUAUUGAUCCUUUAUUCUUUUACAUUCCUGUGAUUGAUGACAACAAGAAGUGCCUUGGGUUUGACCGGAAAUUGGAGGUCACGGCUAUAGUUCUGCGUUCUUUCACUGAUAUCUUUUAUAUAACUCACAUUAUCUUUCAAUUUCGAACUGGUUUUAUUGCACCUUCAUCUCGCGUAUUUGGAAGAGGUGUUUUGGUUGAAGAUGCUUGUGCAAUAGCAAAAAGAUAUUUAUCCUCAUACUUCUUGAUUGACAUUCUUGCAGUUCUUCCAUUGCCACAGGUGGUUAUUUUAGUUGUCAUCCCACACUUGGGAGGGUCAAGAUCUUUAAAUACAAAGAAUCUGUUGAAGUUUGUUGUUUUCUUCCAAUACAUACCAAGGGUUCUUCGAGUUUAUCCUCUGUACAAUGAAGUCACAAGAACCUCUGGCAUACUUACUGAAACGGCUUGGGCUGGAGCUGCAUUUAAUCUCUUCCUUUACAUGCUUGCCAGUCAUGUGCUUGGAGCCUUUUGGUACUUGUUUUCAAUAGAACGAGAAACUACAUGCUGGAAAGAAGCUUGCGGAAAUCAGACUGAAUGUUUUGAUUCUUCUGUCUACUGUACAAAUAGCAUGGGAUUUAAAGACUUCCUGAAUAAUUACUGUCCUGUACAGACAACUGAUAAUAACACUUUCGAUUUUGGAAUUUUCCUCGAUGCUCUUCAGUCUGGUAUUGUUGCAUCAGAAGAUUUUCCCCGGAAAUUCUUUUACUGCUUUUGGUGGGGCCUGCAAAAUCUGAGUUCUCUUGGUCAAAAUCUCAAAACAAGUACGUAUGUAUGGGAAAUCUGCUUUGCAGUUUUCAUUUCUAUCGCCGGCUUGGUGUUAUUUUCAUUUCUCAUAGGAAAUAUGCAGACAUAUCUGCAGUCCACGACCAUAAGGCUGGAGGAGAUGAGAGUCAAAAGGCGAGAUGCAGAACAGUGGAUGUCCCAUCGUUUGCUCCCUGAUAAUCUAAGGGAGCGAAUCAGGCGGUAUGAACAGUACAGAUGGCAGGAAACUAGAGGUGUUGAUGAAGAGAAUCUGAUCUGUAAUCUCCCAAAGGAUCUUAGGAGGGACAUAAAGCGGCAUCUGUGUUUGGCUUUACUCAUGAGAGUCCCAAUGUUCGAAAAAAUGGAUGAACAACUGCUUGAUGCAUUGUGUGACCGCCUAAAACCUGUUCUCUACACAGAAGAGAGCUUCAUUGUGCGAGAAGGAGAUCCAGUUGACGAGAUGCUCUUCAUUAUGAGGGGAAAAUUGUUUACUGUGACUACUAAUGGUGGAAGAACUGGCUUCUUUAAUUCAGAGUAUCUCAAAGCUGGAGAUUUUUGUGGCGAAGAGCUUCUCACCUGGGCUCUGGAUCCCCACUCCUCCUCUAACCUCCCAAUCUCUACGAGAACAGUUGAAGCCCUCUCGGAAGUCGAAGCAUUCGCCCUAAUGGCCGAUGACCUGAAGUUCGUCGCCUCACAAUUCCGGCGACUAAACAGCAAGCAGCUCCGCCAUACCUUCAGGUUUUACUCACAGCAGUGGAGGACGUGGGCAGCUUGUUUCAUACAAGCAGCAUGGCGCCGGUAUUGCAGGAAGAAACUAGAAGAGUCUCUCCGGGAAGAGGAAAACAGGUUGCAAGAUGCACUGGCCAAGGGUGGUGGGAGCUCGCCGAGUUUGGGUGCCACCAUCUACGCUUCAAAGUUUGCCGCCAAUGCUCUCCGGCUUAUUCGGAGGAGCAGCACACGGAGAGCAAGGGUGCCAGAGCGAAUACCGCCGAUGCUGCUUCAAAAGCCGGCGGAGCCAGAUUUUACUGCUGAAGAUAAAUAGGCCAACUCAAAAUCCACUUAGUUAUAACUACUUUUGGUUUGGUUUAGAGAAGGUGAUACUGGAAAAUGGGUGGUGAAAUAAUCGUAGUUUCUCUGGUAUCAGGGCCCUUGUAUAUAAUAAAUAUUGUGUUGUAUAAUGAUAAUCUCCUGUUGUUUGCUCUUUC